AUGGAGCAGCAGCUGGAUGAGCUCCAGCUCUCGGACGAGCAGCGAAACGUAAUCGACGCUCUUAUCAAGGAGCAGGCCAAGAUCAAAGUAGAAGAAGCAGCAGCAGCAGAGCGCCCCGCAGCACAGAACGAGGGCAUGCCUUUCGAAGGAGGCGACACCCGGCUGGAGAGGCCGGCUGGCUCGGAGUCAAGCCCGCGACCCGAAUACCAGCCCCGAUCGCCGGCGGACGUCACCCUCAUCGACACCUUCGCGCGGGCCUUGCAGAGGGUCAAGAUAAAACCGGAGGAUGAAUACAGGGAAGUCCCAACCCCUAAAGAAGCAAUACGUAUUAGCGCAGGGAAGAAGGAUGCGAAUAUCUCGGCAUUGAAGGUGGAGCAUGGGACGGAAGCUGCAGAUCGGGCGGUUAAGGCUUUGCAGCUACUUAUAUCCAAGAUACAAGUUCCGACAAUAGUCCCUGCAAUCCUAGCUAGUGGUUGCCCCACUGAAUCGUGGGAUCAAUUUCUCAACUUUUACCGAGUGCACGCAGAAACGGACAAGUUGGAGUUGCAGGGGCAGUGGUACUCGUUGAAGCAGCAAGUAGGGGAGGAGCCCCGGCGCUAUCUCCCAAAAGCAUCAGUACUUCGCCAGAAACUAGAAGCGUACGGUUGGGUGCAAUCCGAUCAUGAUGCUAACGUCCACUAUGUACGCAACCUUCUGCCCGAUUUCAACGUGCAGAGGAGCGUGUUGUUGGCGCAUUCGGAGGUCAAGACGGAAUUGGUAGAGAAGGUGAUUCUGACUCCCUGGGCGGAGACGGAGGCCGCUAGGAAGAGGGUGUCGGAGAGCGUGGGGGCGUAUGCCCUCGUCACUGGCAGUGAUAACCGUGGUGGCGGGGGCGGGAACAUGGGGGAUAGGGGGAAGACGAGAGGACAACGGAGGACGGCAGCGC